AUGUCUGCAGAGAAGCGUCCCGCCGACGACGAUCCGGGUUCGUCUCAGUCGCUCGUGAAGCGACAAAAUGUUAGCUCUUCGACUGGCGCUCUCGCGCGUCUUAACGCGUCUAGCAAUGCCCUCGUUCAGAGCGCCCCAAGAACCAGUGCCCUUCAAGCUCCUGUUAUGGAGCUGUCAGGACAUUCGGGCGAGAUCUUUACAGCCAAGUUUGAUCCUACUGGAAACUUGAUUGCAUCUGGAUCAAUGGACAGAUCUCUGAUGCUCUGGCGAACAUAUGGCGAUUGCGAGAACUACGGAAUACUGAACGGGCACCGCGGUGCGAUUUUGGAUCUACAAUGGUCGCGCGACUCGGAAAUCCUGUAUAGCGCAUCUGCCGACAUGCACCUUGCGAGUUGGGAUCUGACAUCUGGAACGCGAAUUCGUCGAUACGUCGGACACGAGGAAAUCAUCAACACAGUGGGCAUCAGCAGGCGAGGAGAGGAGCUGCUGGUCAGUGGUAGUGAUGAUUCGACCAUUGGAAUCUGGGAUCCUCGAUCGAAGAAUGCUGUCGACUACAUCCAGACCGAAUUCCCCAUCACUGCCGUGGCUGUCUCGGAAGCUGGCAACGAGAUAUACGCAGGCGGUAUUGACAACGACAUUCGCGUGUGGGAUUUGAGGAAGAAGGCGGUGGUGUACUCGAUGCUGGGACACUCGGAUACCAUCAUGUCACUGAGGGUUUCACCCGACUCUCAGUCGCUUGUGUCUUAUGCUAUGGACUCGACUGUACGGACAUGGGAUAUCCGGCCGUUCGCUCCCACGGAGAGACACAUUCGGACUUUUGAUGGUGCGACAAUGGGUCUGGAGAAGAACCUGAUGGGUGCUAGCUGGGACUCUGAAGGCAAGAGAAUCGCAGCAGCAUCAGGUGACGGCACAGUCAUGGUGUGGUCGAGCGAGACGGGCAAGCUCGCUUACAAGCUUCCCGGUCACAAGGGUACUGUAAACUGCGCCGAAUUCUCGCCAGGAAAGGAACCCAUCUUGCUUUCCGCAUCAUCGGACCGCAAGAUGCUUCUUGGCGAGUUGAAAUGA